CGAUUAAAGCAUACGGUGCCUCAUCUAUAAGAGCUAAUCAAAGGCUCAUAUUCUUAAGCAGAAGCAAAAGGAACAAAGACGAGAAAAAACCAAUGGCGUUUCCUUGCAUUCCCAUUCUUUUAAUAGUUUUAGUCCUGCUAUCAUCUUCGAGUUCAGGAACAGCUUCCUUCUGCUCCAAGUGUAAAAGGCCAACUUCAAGUCUGAUUCAAGAAAAAUUUCUCCAAUGUUUCGAUGCCAAUUCUGAGUUUGCCAUCCCCCUCUCCACUGCUUUUUUCACCCCAAAAAAUGCUUCAUUUACCACUGUCCUGCAAUCGACAGCCCAAAACCUCAGGUACUUGGUGCCGUCAAUGCCAAAGCCGGAGUUUAUCAUCAUGCCAUUGUAUGAAUCCCACGUCCAAGCUGCUGUCAUUUGCUCGAAGGAACUUGGGAUUCACCUCAGAGUCCGGAGUGGAGGCCAUGACUAUGAAGGACUUUCUUAUGUAUCCGAAGUCGAAUCACCUUUCAUUAUAGUUGACCUUUCCAGCCUGCGGUCAGUUAAAGUUGACAUUGAGGACAACAGCGCUUGGGUUGAAGCUGGUGCCACUAUUGGUGAAGUUUAUUAUAGAAUUUCUGAAAAAAGCAAGACUCAUGGCUUCCCUGCUGGUCUUUGCACAAGCCUAGGCAUUGGGGGACACAUCACUGGAGGUGCAUAUGGAACCAUGAUGAGAAAAUAUGGCCUUGGUGCUGAUAAUGUCAUUGACGCCCGAAUCGUUGAUGCUAGUGGAAGAGUUCUUGAUCGAGCAGCCAUGAGCGAAGAUCUUUACUGGGCUAUUAGAGGAGGGGGAGGAGCGAGCUUUGGAAUCAUCCUUGCUUGGAAGAUAAAUUUGGUUCCAGUCCCAGAGACUGUCACGGUUUUUACUGUCACCAAGUCUUUAGAACAAGGUGCUACAAAGAUCCUGUAUAAAUGGCAACAAGUUGCAGACAAGCUUGAUGAGGAUCUUUUCAUUAGAGUCAUCAUUCAAGUGGCAAACGCUGGCAAAAACGAUGGGAAAACAGUCACAACAUCCUACAAUGCUCUGUUUCUUGGUGAUGCUGAAAGGCUCCUCCAAGUAAUGGGACAAAGCUUCCCAGAAUUGGGCUUGACAAGGAAAGACUGUAUCGAAACAAGUUGGAUCAAGUCCGUGCUCUACAUUGCUGGCUUCCCGAGUAACACACCCCCUGACGUUCUACUUCAGGGUAAGUCUUUAUUCAAGAACUACUUUAAAGCCAAAUCAGACUUUGUGAAAGAAGCUAUACCAGAAACAGCGCUCGAGGGGCUAUGGAAAAGACUGAUGGAGGAAGACAGCCCGCUGACGAUAUGGAAUCCUUACGGUGGAAUGAUGGGCAAGAUUUCUGAAUCCGAAAUUGCUUUCCCUCAUCGUCAAGGUAACAAGUUCAUGAUCCAAUACUUGACUCUAUGGCAAGAUGGGGAUAAGAAUGCGUCCAAGCAUAUGGAUUGGAUUCGGAGGCUACACAAUUACAUGGCUCCUUACGUUUCAAUGUUUCCAAGAGGUGCAUACGUGAAUUACAGGGAUCUUGAUCUUGGCAUGAACAAGAAUAUCAACACAAGCUUCAUCCAGGCUAGUGUUUGGGGAGUCAGAUAUUUCAAGGACAACUUCAACAGAUUGGUGAAGGUGAAAACCAAAGUUGACCCAGAUAACUUCUUUAGGCAUGAGCAGAGCAUCCCGCCUCUACCAGUUGAAGCUAGAUUUUAGCCAAGGCAAGUUGGGCAAUAAUACCAGAUGGCUUCAAUUUCGCUUUAAUCCUUGAUUUGUACUACAAAUAUUGCUUUUGUCAGAAAAGAAAAAGAAAUAAGGAUUGUUCAAUACUAGUACAUACUACAUAUGUUAUCAUCUUUAAGGCUUGUAGCUAGACUAGAACAGUGACGUCUUGGUUCUUUUCUGUGUAAAUUUGUUCCAUGAUUGUCUUGGUGAGCGCUUUAAUUGUCUCUUUGCCA